GUUUAGCGCCCUUGGCACGCCUGAGCUAUUAUUUUACAAGAGGUUUGAUGACGAACUUUGGGUUUUGUGACUGGAGGGAUCCAAUUUGAGAAUACAAGUUAGCUGCCCCAACCAUAGAAGUCCAGGCUGGCCCAGAAGUACAAGAUGGCAGUGGUGCCACUGGCAGCAAAGGAGGCACCUGGGACAACAGCCACACCCCAGCUGUUGUCUGAAGAGGACCUGCCUUGGGAUGCUGACCUAUUCCAGGACGCUUGCCGAGGGGAUUUUUGGCAAUCCAAGCCUGUUGAGCAUGUGACAGGGCCCUGGGGUGGAAUGACGGAGACAACGAAGGUAGGGAAGGUCAGCAAUGAGGUGAGAGGGGGCAGGGAGUGUCCAAAGACCUUUUUGAGACACCCGAUGUGGGGAGCCUGUCAGUAUUUUCCUGGUCUGCAGCUCGGGGUGAGUGACACUGCGGAGCUUCCGUUCCUGGAUCCCAUGCCGCAGGAACAGGCACUGGGUGCGAAGCACAUGGAAGAUCUAAAGGAAAAGAUGGAGAAGAAGCAGAAGCAGAAGCAGAAGCACACAUAUGAGGGGAAACCUGAGCAGGAGACACAUGCCAAGGACCCUGCCCCACUGCGGCAGUGUUUGGGCCCUGGCUGUGUCUAUCCCACCCGGCCAGGUUCCAAGUACUGCUCGGAUGACUGUGGCAUGAAGCUGGCAGCUGACCGCAUCCGUGAGAUCCUGCCCCAGCGCAUCCAGCAGUGGCAGAGAAGCCCCUGCAUUGCUAAUGAGCAUGGCAAGAAAAUGCUCGAACGCAUCCACCGUGAGCAGCAGGACACCUACACCCGCCUGAAGAACUUGGAGUGCCAGUUCCAUGAACUUGAGGCCAUCAUUCUUCGUGGCAAGCAACAGGCUGUGUGCAAGGAUGUGGAGAGCAACAAAGGUGACAAGGACAGAGUAGACCUGAAGAUCUUCUGUGUCUCCUGUGGGCAACCCAUCAAUAUGCGCAUGGCCCUGCGCCACAUGGAACGCUGUUUUGCCAAGUAUGAGUGCCGAUCGACCUUUGGGUCCCUGUACCCUACUUGCAUUGAGGGGACCACUCGGCUCUUCUGUGAUGUCUAUGACCCACAGAGCAAGAGGUACUGCAAACGGCUUCAAGUGCUGUGCCCUGAGCACUCUCGGGACCCCAAGGUACCAAAUGAUGAGGUGUGUGGCUGCCCACUAGUGCACAAUGUCUUUGAGUUCACGGGUAAUUUCUGUUGCCUCCCCAAACACCUGUGUGACCGCCACUACUGCUGGGAGAAGCUGCGGCGUGCUGAGGUGGACCUGGAGCGUGUGCGCGCGUUGCACAAGUUGGAAGAGCUGUUUGAACAGGAGCAAAAGGUACGCACGGCUAUGACCAACCGGGCGGGGCUGCUGGCCCUGAUGCUUCAUCAGACGACACAGCACGACCCACUCACCACUGACUUGCGCUCCAGGCCAGAGAGCUGAGGCCUGCCCCACCUAGGUCUGGUGUUGCACACCCAAGAAUGCCCCACAUGCCUGUUGCUCCAUCCACCUUUUUCUCAGGGCAUCUUGGAGUUUCCCUCUGUGCUUCUCUGUCCACCACUUGGUCUCCUGUCCCUCUGUCUACCUGCCCUCGAAGAAGGGAUGUCCAGAAAUUCCCUGUUCCCAUCCGUCCCUCCAUCCUUCUUUCUUCCCUGAUCCUGGGAGAGACCAGGAGAUCUGCUAUGCCCUCAUCUCCACUGUCCACAGUUGUUAAUGAAUUUUGCAAGAAUAAGGUUUUUGAUAUGUUCUGAUGUUCCCUAAACCUAGCUCUCUGGCUGCAAACCCAAUUUCAAACCUCCAAUAGUGGCAGGUGACAGUGCAGCUGUACUUAGGAGGGCAAUGCACAUGCAGGGCUGGGUGUGAGCUGAUGCCUACUCAGUGCUCAGUGAGUCCUCCUCUGUCAGGGGAGCCAGUGAGCCUUGUUCCCCACAGACCACCAUCUGGGCCAUCAGGUAUGUAAUUGACACCAGAUUAUUCCACAGCCAAUUUGCCCACUCCUGUGUAAUUGUUAAUAUGCCCCAGGCCAGAGAUGUUGGAAAAAUGUUGAAAUAAAUGGUUAAGCCUCCCUUUUAGCAUAACUCUUAGGAAGACUGGGGAUAGGGGAGCAUGGGACAGUCCUCCCUGAUGUUUCUACUUUGGGACACUGAGGAGAAUUCAGAGUGGUACCAUUUUCCCUGCCUUGCCAUCUUGUUCCACCCCUGGCCAUCCCACAAGGUCCCAGCCCUGUCUGUCAGCCUCGGCUUCUUCCAGUCCCUUCCAGGUCUAAACUACUCAUCACGUCUUGGCUGCCUCCCUGCACCACCCUUCUCUGGAUCUGCCCUGUCCUCUCCAGCCUGCCUGUUCAUUGAUUCCCCGUGGUGUCACACUCAUUUCACACCCAUAGGCUUGCUAGAAGAGGACUGGGACCUCUGCUGCAUCUGCCUUGUCAGCCCCUGGCCAGGCCUCCUAUGCCAGUGGAGCAGUAGCGCUGCGUGUGGGUACUGGUAUGUCUCAAAUGCUAGACUUGAACUACUUUUCCUGUUUUUUUCCCUAUGCUCACUGAUCCCUUAUGAAUUUUUUGAUCAGUUUUCAUACUCUUUUCCCAGGAGCUCACAUGUUUUCCCAGAAUAUUUCAGUAUGUUGCU